ACAUAGAUAUGGAUAGAUACUUCAUUUAACAAUUUAAAUAUUUUACUGUGCGUUGUGUUCUUCUAAUUAGUAGAGCAGAUCCGUGAGGGUCCACUAGUUCAUGUUAUUUGGCUUAUACAAUAGUAACAAAAUGUUAAAAGACUACAGUGUUUCAUAAAUUAUUAUAACAAAACAACGCAUUGCGCCAAUGUACUAUAACGGCCAAGGAAAGUGUAAAUAAAUAAGCCGAGUUUGUUUUAACAUUAACAAGUACUUAUCUGGUGAUUUAAAGUUCUCACAAUCCUAACUUUAUUUAGAAUUACAAGAGGACUGGUUUUACGGUAGCAGAUUCAAAUAAACAGAGAAUUCGAAUCAUGGACCCAAGAUCACAUCUAAACACAACAUAAACAGUGAAAAAUAUCGAAAAAAUAAAUCAAGAUGCCAGCGAUUUUGACGAAAAUCCGUGAGCAAGCGUUCAGGGUCCAGCCAACUGCGACACUAGCUGUUGGUGUUGGAGUUGGAGUUGCUUUAGCCGCAUGCGCACUCUACGGCACUAGGGAUAAGAAGCAGCCUCCACCAUGUCAUAAUAAUAAUAAUUAUAAGGUAGCCAAAAAUGGAAAAUUACACACAGUGGAAAAUGGCGGCGUCGAAAGUCAGACGUGUGGCGGGCACUGUGGCGCUGAACAGUGCGCCCUCUGUCGGGGGGAAGUUGAUACCGAUAACAAGCAGAAUAUUGAAGAUGCGGACGAGACACAGUCCCAAACAGUAGAAGAGCAUGUCCCUGGUCUGAAUCUGGAGUUUCUCAGACAAAUAGUGUCUUUGGCUAAGAUCAUGGUACCGGGAUUCCGGAGUCAUGAAGUCGCAUUGCUCUCUGUUCAUACGCUGUGCCUCUUCUCGCGAACGUUCUUGUCUAUAUACGUCGCGUCUUUGGAAGGUUCUAUAGUAAAACACAUAGUCCAAAAAGACAUGAAGGCAUUCGCAGCAUUGCUCUUACAAUGGUUCGGUAUUGCCGUGCCAGCGACGUUCAUAAAUUCCAUGAUCAGAUACUUGGAGGGAAGACUAGCUCUCGCCUUCAGAACGAGGCUGGUGAAUCACGCCUAUGAGCUCUAUUUCAAAAACCAGACGUACUAUAGAGUGGCUAACUUGGACGCUAGGAUAGAAAAUGCUGAUCAUAGAUUAACAGAAGAUGUGUCAGUGUUCGCCCAAUCAGUAGCUCACUUAUACAGCUCUCUGACUAAGCCGUGCUUUGAUUUACUCCUCAUAGUUUUAACCCUCGCCAGCUAUUCAAGCAAGAUGAAGGGAAAUAUAUUCUUAGGACCCGGUAUAGCAACAGUGGUAAUAUGCUUGACUGGUCAACUUCUCCGAAUCCUGAGUCCAAGGUUCGGUGCCCUCGCCGGCGAAGAGGCACGAAUGAAGGCGAAUCUGAGACAUGUCCAUUCGAGGCUGAUAGCUCAUGCGGAAGAGGUCGCGUUCUAUGGAGGACAUAAUGUUGAAAUGGGCCAGCUCCAAUCAGCUUACAAAGAGUUGGUCACUCAAAUGACCUCAGUCUUCAAUAAGAAGCUGUGGUAUGUGAUGCUGGAGCAGUUCUGCAUGAAGUACGUUUGGUCCGGUACCGGGAUGGUCAUGUUGGCACUUCCCAUACUUACCGGAAAGAAGUUGGAUGGUACAGCAGGUGAAGGUAUAAGCGCCAGAACAGAAUACAUGACGACAUCAAGAAAUCUAUUGAAUUCAGCGGCCGACGCCAUCGAGAGGCUCAUGUCUAGUUAUAAGGAAAUAGUGACACUAGCGGGAUACGCAACGCGAGUGUCCGACAUGUUAGUAGUAUUUGGGGAAGUCGCUCGCGGGAAAUGCGUACGCGCAGUGCACGUAGCAUCAGCCUCUUCUACAGGCUUCCAAGUCACCUUCAGAGAUAAACAGCCUGUGCCCAUGGGUCAAGUUACGUACACGGACGAUCUGUCGAUACGUGUCCGUAACGUACCGAUCGUGACUCCAGCGUGCGAUGUGGUCGCUAGUGGCGUCUCAUUGGACCUCAAUCCUGGCACUCACCUAUUGAUUGUUGGACCUAAUGGAUGCGGCAAGUCUAGUUUAUUCCGUAUAAUAUCGGGCCUAUGGCCGGUAUUUGGUGGCGAGUUGAGCGUCCCUCGCCCAUGCGCGUGCGCACACUGCGCGGACGAACCUAACGCCCCACCGUAUUGUGUUGCGCGACCCGUCAUGUUCUACAUACCGCAGAGGCCAUACAUGUCAAUGGGGUCUCUAUUAGACCAGAUAACUUACCCGUCUCGGGUAUCAGAAGACGACAGAGAGGCCGAAGCAAGAGCUAUGCAUAUUCUACGAGUCGUACGCUUAGACGCGUGCGCAGCGAGACACGGCGGUCUGAGGGCGGUUUGUGAUUGGCGCGCCACGCUUUCCGGCGGGGAGAAACAGAGGAUGGCUUGUGCUAGAAUGUUCUAUCAUAGGCCCGUAUACGCCUUACUCGAUGAGUGUACGAGUGCCGUUUCCAUGGAAACAGAAGUUGUUAUGUACGAAGAGGCUAUCAAGGAAGGCAUCACCUUGCUUUCCAUUACACACAGACCCAGCGUAUGGAAAUACCACACCCACGUGUUAGAAUUUGAUGGAGCAGGCGGCUGGUCUUUUAGACCUUUGGAAAAAGACGUCCCAGCUAUUACGCCUUUGGCACCAACCGAAACUAAGCCAAUUGAAGCUAAAUCAACAGAGGAUACGCCAAAAGUAUGAUAAAGCGACAUCUCUUGAACGGAUUAUGAGAAAAAGUUUAUAAUGUAUUUAAAAUCAAGUGGCACGUGUUUGGAAGUCAAACUUUAGCAGGAUUUCUAUAGUUUUGUCAAAACGAAAUUGUGACAGAUUGAACACUGCGUUUCCAUACAAUUUGUAUACUACGCCACAAAAUCGAACGACAGGUGCUCAAAGUAUUAUUUUACGUAUAUAGUAAGAUUUUUUAUAAAAAAACUUAAGCAGCGUUCUGUGGCCGUAUUUGGAACUAAACACAAGCCGGUAUUAUUGUAUGAAUGUGUUGAACUAUACAGUGUAUUGAAAAUUUGGAUGAUUUUGUAGAUUGUUAGUAUCGUAUUGACGUUUUUUACGAAACUAUAAAAAUAGUUGCUAAAUGU